AUGGGAUUGCUAGACAGACUUUCAGACUUGCUUGGCUUGAAGAAUAAGGAAGUUCAUGUUUUGUGCCUUGGCCUGGAUAAUAGUGGCAAAACAACAAUCAUUAACAAACUUAAACCCUCAAAUGCUCAAUCACAAGAUAUAGUUCCAACAAUAGGAUUCAGCAUAGAGAAAUUUCAGUCGUCCAGUUUGCCUUUUACAGUGUUUGACAUGUCAGGUCAAGGAAGGUACAGAAAUCUCUGGGAACACUAUUAUAAAGACAGACAAGCCAUUAUUUCUGUCAUUGAUAGUAGUGAUAGAUUAAGAAUGGUUGUGGCCAAAGAAGAACUUGAUACUCUUCUGAAUCAUCCAGAUAGUAAGCACCACCGAAUACCGAUCUUAUUCUUUGCAAACAAGAUGGAUCUUAGAGAUGCAGUGACAUCUGUAAAAGUGUCUCAGUUGCUGUGUUUAGAGAAUAUCAAAGAUAAGCCAUGGCAUAUUUGUGCUAGUGAUGCCAUAAAAGGAGAAGGAUUGCAAGAAGUACAAAAUGAGAUUCUCAUUAAUGUAGAGUUGCCUCAAAUAUAAAAAGGACGUGAUGAUUAAAACACUGAACAUAAUUUAACAAAAAACUGAUACCCUGUAACUACUUUAGGAGGAUGGAGAAAGGGUGUUUUAAAAGAAUUAAAAUCCUCAUCUACCAUAAGAUAACAGUAACAAUAACAGCUGUUGCUAUAUUUUUAACAUAUACAGAGGUCUGCAUCAUUUAAUCCUCACAGUAACCUUACAUGGUAGGUUCUAUUAUUUGUUUUGUCUUAUAAACAAGAAACUGGGACCUAAAAGCGGUAUGUUCCCUCUAUACCCCUGGGUCAGGAGACUAGGAUGGGGUAAGGAGAAUGUCAGAGAAAAGGAAGGGACUGCUAUUUUUUCUUUGUUUAAGUCAGUUAAUACUUCAUAUUUUUAAACUCUGGGCAUAAAUGACUAUGAUCAAAAUAAUUCAUAAAAGCUAUGUUGAUAUUAAGUUAAUUAGUAUUCCACAAACUGUAGUAACUCACAUCAAGCAAAUAAUUAGAAGUACCGACUUUUUCCUUUUUUCCCUGAUCUCCCAAUCUACUUUAUAGUCUAUAAAACACCUGUUCCCACUAAACAUUCCCAUGUAAAGAUUAGGUAGAAGCAAGCUGAGUAUAGUAGUCACAGGAUGCCAUAUAAAUAUGUAUAAGCUGAGGUUAUUGCAUUUAUUAUUAUUUAACACAUUUAUUUAACAUUAUGCAAUUAAAAUUUAUUGCCUUAAAGCUCAAACAAGUGUUUUUUCAUAUUUAGACACUGUAUUACAAAAUUUAAUUCAUUAAGCUCUACAUUGCAACAUAAACACCUCAUAAAAUGUUCAAAAUGUAUACUGUAUGUUUUGCA